AUGGCGAUAAAGAAGUCGAACAAAGUGGCAGCGUCUCAAGUAGGAUCUCUAAAGAAAAUCUUGAAGAGAUGCUCAAGUCUUGGAAAGAAGAAUCAAGGUAAUUGCUACUUCAAAGACGUGCCAAAAGGCCACUUCCCUAUCUACGUUGGUCAACAUCGGAGUCGCUACGUGGUGCCAAUCUCAUGUCUAGAUCAUCCUGAGUUUCAGUCACUCCUCCAACAAGCCGAGGAAGAGUUUGGGUUCGAGCAUGAAAUGGGCCUCACUAUCCCUUGUGAUGAAGUUGUCUUUCAAUCACUCAUCUCCAUGUUCACAUAG